AUGAGUACCAUGACAGAAGAAAAUAAGAGGAGAAGGUCGGUGAAUUUUACCAUGAGGGAACAGAAUCUACUAUUUUCCAUUGCAUUAAAACAUAGAAAUGUAAUUGAAAACAAACAGACCAACGCAACUACAAAUUGUGAGAGAAAUGAAGCAUGGUCAGAAGUUGCCAAAGAAUUUAAUGCAACUAGCACAGAUUUCAACAAUAGAACCGUCGAACAACUCAAAAGAUGUUACGAGAAUAGACGUCAAAGUUUGAGGAAACAGAAGGCUGAAGUACGCCAGGAAUGCUUAAAAACAGGAGGUGGCCCUCCUCCAGAGCAAAAGAAAGAGCCAGCUGCCUUGUUAGUUUUAGCAACAAUGGACCCUCUAACAGUUGUGGGCGAUACAAAUACAUAUGACUCAGAUUCUGUCAGUACGAUUAUUAAAGAUUCUGGUCAUACUGAAGAAAAUGAAAUUCAAAUAAUUUUUGAAGUACCUGAGAAUCAACAGCCUGAAGAAAAGGGAGUAAGGGAUGAAGAUCAUGAAAAUCAGAACUUCCGUGAAGAUAUUGAGGUGUGUAUAGCCAAAAUAAAAUAUUCAGUCCAUCUCAUCAGCAAGGACUUGAAGACUGUUUCAUAUGUUUGCAUUUUGUCUUUUAUUGAAAUGCUGUGCAUUUUGCCAUUGUGUAAUGACACAUACAUUCCACAAAAGAAAGAUUGGAAAAAAUAUCACUCAUCUGAUUUGAAAAGACCUUUAAAUCCAGCAUUACUGAGAAGUAAUGCUGCUACAGCAGGUACAAAAAAAACGAGACAAGCAGAUUCACAGCUAGAAUCAGAAAACCUACAAACAAGAUCUGAGCACCAUGGUACAGGAGUAGCAACAAGGACAGGAGUGGGAAACAGAAGGGGCUUGGAUCGAGGGAUAGAUAGACGGAGGCCAACUGCAACAGUUGUCAAAGCACUUGCAUCAAGUGCUUUAGCAGAAAAAUACAAUGUCCUUGCUGACAAGAAAAAUGUUAUUGCCGAGCAUGCUAUACGAAAAAUGGAGAAGGAAAGGCUUUAUGCUGAAAAGGAGCAUGGACUAAAAAUGAGAGGCUUACAGCUUGACAUUGAGAUUAAACAAAAGCAACUGCAGAAACUGCAAGAAGAACCCAACUGUUUUUGA